GGAUAAGCUGAAAGGGCUAAGCCUUGAAACCAAAGCUUCAACAUCACCCACCCACCUUGUCAGUCUUGCCUUUUAAGGGAAACUCACUUCUGUCCGAAGUCCCACAAUCCAUGGUUUUCUCCUCUGCUUACUCCCGUAAUUCUGUCUUCUUCAUCCUUUCUCUCUACCAAAGGAGUAUUGUCUGUCAAGACACUUGAACUUAGUCUCCAAUGCCCGAGUUGAAAAACAUUCAGACCUUUCUUACGAAUUGAUCAGAUACUGCAACUACUGUCCUAUGGGUUCAUUUCAAAUGGCGGCAAACAUGAGGAGCUCCAGCUUACUGGAGACCUCUUGUGGGUAUCUUCUUCAAGAAUUGCAGCUAAUCUGGGAUGAAGUUGGUCAACAUGAAUUUGAAAGGGAGAAGGCUCUCAUGGAACUGGAGCAAGAGUGUCUAGACGUCUAUAGGCGAAAAGUAGAUAGUGCAAAUAUUUCAAGAGCACGCCUGCAUCAAGCAUUGGCAGAUGCUGAAGCUGAAUUCACUCAUCUCCUUGUGUCCCUUGAUGAGCGAUGCCUUCCUGUACGGCCAGAGAAAAUGGUGGGAACACUCAAGGAGCAGCUGGAUUCAAUCACUCCAGCCCUACGGGAGAUGCAACAGAGGAAGGAAGAUAGGGUGAAGCAAUUCCAAGAAGUCCAGAUGCAAAUCCAGAAAAUAUCCGCAGAAAUAGCAGGCCAAGAGAAGCAAGAUAUUUCACUGUCAGACGUCAUAGUGAACGAGAAUGAUUUGUCGCUGAAGAAACUAGAGGAGUACCAGAUGGAGCUACAACAACUCCAUAAUGAAAAGAGUGACAGACUCCUAAAAAUGGAAGCAUAUAUAAGUUCCAUCCACAACCUUUCAGCAACCCUAGGCAUGAAUUCCUCCAAGAUCAUCACAGAGGUGCACCCAAGCUUGGACACAUCAUGUGGGCAACAAUCCAAAAACAUAAGUGAUGCUAUACUGGCUAGACUCGACAGUACUGUGAAGUCUCUUAAAGAAGAAAAGGAAAAGCGGCUUGAGAAGCUUCACAAACUUGGGAAAGCGUUGACAAACUUGUGGAGCCUUAUGGACACCUCAUACAAGGAUCGUAGAUUAUUUUCGCAUGUGACUAAUUUCAUAACAGUCUCAGCAGCUGAAAUAUCUAGUCCAGGAAGCCUCACCCCUGAUAUAAUCCAGCAGGCCGAGGCUGAAGUUGCGAGAUUAGAUCAGCUAAAAGCAAGCAAGAUGAAAGAACUUUUCCUUAAGAAACAGAUUGAACUGGAGGAGAUAUGCAAGAGAACACACAUGGAGAUACCUUCGCAGUCAGAAAUGGACAACAUACUGAACCUCCUAAAUUCAGGGGAGAUUGACCAUGCCGAUCUCCUCACUAGCAUGGAUGAACAUAUAUCGAGGGCAAAAGAAGAAGCUACUAGCAGGAAGGCCAUAAUGGAGAAGGUGGAAAAGUGGAUGUUAGUAUGUGAUGAGGAACGCUGGUUAGAAGAAUAUAGCAUGGAUGAGAAUCGGUAUUCAGUGAGCAGAGGCGCUCACAAGAACCUCAAACGUGCAGAACGUGCCCGAAUAACAGUUAGCAAGAUCCCUGCUUUGGUUGAUCUGCUGAUGGCAAAGACAAGGAGCUGGGAGGAGGAACGGAAGAAAGUGUUCUUGUAUGACGAGGUACCUCUGCUUGCAAUGUUGGAAGAGUACAUUAUGGUAAGGAAAGAAAGAGAAGAGGAAAGGCAAAGACAAAGGGAGAUAAAGCGGAUGCAAAUGCAGGUCAAGGUGGUAGUUGAACAAGAGAAUUUGUUUAUGUCUAGGCCAAGCACAAGCAACCGGCGUCUUUCAAACAGAAGCAUAAAUGGAGGUUUGGGUAGUGCAACACCUUUAAACAGGAGGCUUUCCAUGGGGAUCCAGCAGCUGGGAUCAAACAGUAUCAACUCCACAAUUCAAGGCGCGUCCAUCAUAAAAGAAGUUAAGAAGGCACAGGUACAGAAGAUGUUAGCUCAACAAGGCCGUGCUUCGAAUCUUAUAGAAGACACAGCUUCAAUGGUCUCAGCGUCACAUUCAGACUUGUUAUCUCCAUGAUACUUCAGCUAGUUGAGAGGAGGAGAUCCAAAAGAUUCUCAUCAAUUUUAUCAUAUAUGA